UUAGUUGUUAUGUUUUAUCCAUUUGCUGUAACAGCCACAUCACAAACAAAAUAUAGGAACUUUACAUUUCCUGCUCUUAUAGCUUUUGGUGAUUCAGUCUUGGAUACUGGGAACAACAAUUAUAUUGAAACAAUAGUGAAGGCAAAUUUCAAACCAUAUGGGAGGGAUUUCAUUGGAGGACAAGCCACGGGAAGGUUUAGCAAUGGCAGGAUCCCUUCAGACUUUUUAGCUGAAAUACUUGGAAUAAAGGAGACCUUGCCACCCUAUCUUGAUCCAAAUCUGAAGGUCGAAGACCUCUUAACUGGGGUGUGUUUUGCCUCUGCCGGCUCAGGAUAUGAUCAUCUAACAGUAGAAAUAGCAUCAGUGUUGUCAGUGGAGGAUCAACUGAAUAUGUUCAAAGGAUACAUAGGAAAACUGAAGGCAGCUGUGGGAGAAGCAAGGACAGCUCUCAUUCUAGCAAAAAGCAUAUUUAUCAUCAGCAUGGGAAGUAAUGACAUUGCAGGAACAUAUUUUAUGACAUCAUUCCGCAGAGAGUAUAAUAUUCAAGAGUAUACAAGUAUGCUAGUCAAUAUAUCUUCAAAUUUUCUACAGGUAUGCUUUGAACUAUAUAAAUUUGGAGCAAGAAAGAUUGGAGUAGUGAGCCUAUCACCAAUAGGAUGUGUGCCGUUGCAAAGAACAAUAGGGGGAGGCAAAGAAAGGGAUUGUGUAGAAUCAAUAAACCAGGCAGCCACGGUCUACAACUCCAAGCUUUCUUCUUCAAUAAUGGCUCUCAACAAAAAGCUUUCAGAAGCUAGACUUGUCUACCUUGAAAACUAUAGUGAAUUCAAUAAACUAAUCCAACACCACAAACAAUUCGGACUCGUUGCUUGUGGAUCAGGAUUUGAAGUGGAGGAUAGUGCAUGUUGUGGACCAGGCCCUGUCUGUAAUUCUUUGUCCUUUAAAAUAUGUGAAGAUGCAACUAAAUAUGUGUUCUGGGACAGUGUUCACCCCACAGAGCGAACUUAUAAUAUACUUGUCUCAGAUAUUGUAAAAAAGAACAUUCAUAAGUUUGUUUGA